CAGCAGCGGGAGGGAGCGCGGGUGGGGCGCGGGUCGGGCCGCAGCGCGAGGCAGCAACGGGCCGCAGGGCAGCCGGGCCGGGCGGGGCCGGCGCAGCGACCAUGAUCGCUUUGUUCAACAAGCUGCUGGACUGGUUCAAGGCCCUUUUCUGGAAGGAGGAGAUGGAGCUCACGCUGGUCGGGCUGCAGUACUCCGGCAAGACCACCUUCGUCAACGUGAUCGCGUCUGGACAGUUCAACGAGGACAUGAUCCCCACUGUGGGCUUCAACAUGCGCAAGAUCACCAAGGGAAACGUCACCAUCAAGCUCUGGGACAUUGGGGGCCAACCUCGUUUCCGCAGCAUGUGGGAACGCUACUGCCGCGGUGUGAGCGCCAUUGUGUACAUGGUGGACGCUGCAGACCAGGAGAAGAUUGAAGCUUCCAAGAACGAGCUGCACAACCUGCUGGAUAAGCCGCAGCUGCAGGGCAUUCCGGUCUUAGUCCUGGGGAACAAGCGGGACCUCCCAGGAGCACUGGAUGAGAAGGAGCUGAUUGAGAAGAUGAAUCUGUCUGCCAUCCAGGACCGGGAAAUCUGCUGCUAUUCCAUCUCCUGCAAAGAAAAGGACAACAUUGACAUCACCCUACAGUGGCUUAUUCAACACUCAAAGUCACGGAGAAGCUGAGAGCGCGGCCUGCGCACCUCGGACCCGGGAACGUAGUGGUCCCGCACCGGAAGCCGAGCGCCCACCACCCCGCCCUGGCCUCAGCCCACCCACGUCCCUUGGCGUGGGGAGGGCCACUGGGGCUCUGAGUCAAAUUCUGCUGAGGCUGAAACUCCUGUUUUUAUUGUAAAAUAAACAGCCCCGGUCUGGUCCCUUAACCUCUCCCCGGCCCCUCCACGCCCCCAGCCCUGCCCUUGUCUCCCCGGCCCCCCCACUUCCCGUUCCCUUCAAUACUUCUGUUAGUGUCCUGUGUGUACAGUAUAUAUAUGUAUAUAUAUUUUAAUUUUUUAAUUUAAGCAAAGACUAAAAUCAACCAUUUGAUGCUGCAGGGGCCAGUUAGGAUCUGGGCAGGGGUAGUCCGGAGCAAAAGAGAGAGAAAAGCAGUAGGGGUGACUGGGGGCAAGUUCAGAUGGGGCACAGUGAAGGCUGGCACAGGGGAAAGGGGCAGAGACAGGUAUUAGCUGGACACUGGUGCCACCCUGCCCAUGCCAGGUGGUCCCACUGCCCAGCCUGGCCUGUCUGCAGCUUGUGAAUGUCCCAGGGGGUAAGGUGGGCCACUACGGACAAUGGGGCCAGCGUCUACCAGGUGGGGUGCAUGGGGAGACCCGAAGCCAGUGUCACGCCCAGCAGCCUCCCUGCCCACUCCAGGCUCUCCACGCCCCCAGGGCCCGAGACCCGGGCCACCUCAUUUUAUGUUCCCAUUCCGCAGAGUUGCACAGGGAGAAGGCUCGGCACGGGGUGGUCUUGAGUUUUGUUCAUUUAAUUUAAUGAUUUGUAAAGUGAUGUCCCUCUGCCUUUUUUUACACUUUCCGGCUCAUAUUUAACCUCUGUUUGGAGAACGAUUCUUGUAACUGUACAUUUUUUGCCUCCUAACAAUGAGAAUAAACGACCAAUUUUGUGUUGGGGG